AUGGUCCGGUCCGCUCCGAUCCCUUCCGGUCCGCUCCGAUCCGAUCCGUUCCGAUCCGUUCCGAUCCGAUCCGAUCCGAUCCGGUCCCGCCGCCCCCCCCCCAACUACAGCGGCGGCGGCGGCGGCAUCCCCGGUGCGCGUGGCUGCGCCAGCAGGCCCAGGCGGGUCUCGAACCCGCGGCUCCACCCCUUCCUUUUCCCGGCAUGCCCCGGAAGCGGGGCGGUGCCCCGGCACCCCCUGGGUGUUGUAGUCUGCAUCGGCGCCAUUAACACAACGGGGGCUGCGGCGGGGGACUACAACUCCCAGCAGGCUUUGCGCAGCUGCCGCUCUUGUUGCGCCGGCUUGCCGGCUGCCGCCAUCUUGCUUCACCGGCCUCCAGCUGCUCGGAGCGGGGUUCCGGAGGCACCGGCGGCGCACACCGGGACGAUGCUGACCUCCCUCGCGGCCCGCCCGCCGCCACCGGGGCUGGCGCGGCUCCUGCGGGCGCGGCCGGGGCUGGCGCCGUCGCUGGCGGCCCCCGGGGCUGAGCCGGCCGCGGUGGCUGAGGGGGCAGGGGGCGCCGGGCCGCGGCUGCUGGAGGACUGGGCCGCCAGGGGGCGCCAGCGCUCCGCGCCACAGAGUCUGGGGGUGUCAUGGCGGGGGCAAGGCCCCGGGGGGCGCCCCCUGUCAGUGGGGCCAGGCCCCAAGGGGUCCCCUUUAGCAGUGGGGCCAGGCCCCAUGGGGACCCCCAUGGCUGAGCAGCAGCUCCCGGGGCCGCCCCCCCCGCAGCCCGGCCCGGUGCCCGCCGUGCCCCGUGGAGCGCCGCCACCCUGGGCUGUGGGUGUGCAGCGCCGGCGGCCCCAUGGAGGGGAGCCCGAGGGGCGCCGCCGCGGAGCGCUGCUGCCCGGCCUGGCCGCGGCCCUGGCCCUCUGCUACCUGCGGGACCGGCGGUCCAAGGAGGAUGCUCUGCUGGAAGCUGUGAGGAUCAAUGAUGUUCCGGAGGUCAGCAGGCUCCUGGUGGACGGCGUGGACGUGAACGCAAGGCACAGGCUGGGCUGGACGGCGCUCAUGGUGGCAGCCAUCAGCAGGAACUCCAGCGUGGUGAAGCUCCUGCUGGCAGCCAAUGCAGAUCCAAACCUUGGAGAUGACUUCAGCAGCGUCUAUGAGACUGCCAAGGAGAAAGGGCUCCACUCGUUGGAAGUGCUGGUGACCCGGGAGGAUGACUUCAGCAACCGCCUCAACAUCAGGGCCAACUUCAGGGGCUGCACAGCCCUGCACUACGCUGUGCUGGCCGAUGACCGCCCCACUGUCACACUGCUGCUGGAGGCAGGUGCUAACCCCCUGCAGAAGAACGAGAUGGGCCAUACCCCGCUGGACUACGCUCGGGAUGGGGACAUCAAGGACCUCCUGAAAGCAGCAGAGACAAAGUUCCAGGAGGAGCAGCGCAGGAGGGAGGUGGAGGAACGCCGCAGGUUCCCGCUGGAGCAGCGCCUCAAGGAGCACAUCAUCGGCCAGGAGAGCGCCAUUGCCACGGUGGGAGCAGCCAUUCGGAGGAAGGAGAACGGCUGGUACGACGAGGAGCACCCGCUCGUCUUUCUGUUCCUGGGAUCCUCUGGGAUAGGUAAAACGGAGCUGGCCAAGCAGACAGCCAAGUACAUCCAUAAGGAUGUCAAAAAGGGCUUCAUCAGGCUGGACAUGUCGGAGUUCCAGGAGAGGCACGAGGUUGCCAAGUUCAUCGGCUCCCCACCGGGCUACGUGGGCCAUGAGGAAGGGGGGCAGCUCACCAAGAGGCUGAGGCAGUGCCCCAACGCCGUGGUGCUCUUCGAUGAGGUUGACAAAGCCCACCCAGAUGUCCUCACCAUCAUGCUGCAGCUCUUCGAUGAGGGCAGGCUCACGGAUGGGAAGGGCAAGACCAUUGACUGCAAAGAUGCCAUCUUCAUCAUGACCUCCAACGUGGCCAGCGAGGAGAUCGCCCAGCACGCGCUGCAGCUGCGCCAGGAGGCCCUGGAGAUGGGCAAGAAGAGGCUAGCAGAAAACCUAGAUGAUGUGCAGGUGAGCGACCAGAUCACCAUCUCCAAGCAGUUCAAGGAGAAGGUCAUUCGGCCCAUCCUGAAGGCUCACUUCAAACGUGAUGAGUUCCUGGGCAGGAUCAAUGAGAUUGUCUAUUUCCUGCCCUUCUGCCAUGCAGAGCUCAUCCAGUUGGUCAACAAGGAGCUGAACUUCUGGGCCAAGAAGGCCAAGGCAAGGCACAACAUCACCCUGCUGUGGGACAGGGAGGUCAUGGAUGUGUUGGCUGAUGGCUACAACCUGCACUACGGAGCCCGCUCCAUCAAGCACGAGGUGGAGCGGCGCGUGGUGAACCAGCUGGCUGCUGCCUACGAGCAGGACCUGCUGCCCCGCGGCUGCACCCUGCGCAUCGCUGUGGAGGGCUCGGACAAGCAGCUCCUCAAGGGCCAUGAGAGCUCCUCAGAGGGUGCUGGAGCAGGGAAAGCCCCCACGCUGCGACUGGAGAUCGUGGAGCAGGGCAGCAGGGCCCGCAGGCUCGACAUCCAGGCGCCCCUCAGCCCCGAGAACAUCACCUACUUCCUAUAGGCA